AUGGCCAAGACGAUAUUGCGAGACGCACUGUCUGGUCUUGCGUUUCUGCACAAGCAUGACGUCGUUCACGGCGACUUUCAGCCUGGAAACAUCUUGUUCUCCCUCAAGGAUCUGGACGCUGUCGGGGAAGAGAAGCUAUGCCAGGAUCCAAGCACCAUAUCGGAGCCGUUAUGUCGGCUUGAUGGCAAACUGGAUCCUUGGGCGCCAAAGUAUCUCGCAUUAGGUCAAUCACUGCACGGCUAUGUGGAUAUUGGAUCUUCGGCCUCGGCGAAAUUAUCUGACUUCGGCUCAGUUACGCCCAACCUCAUCUCAGACCUUUCAAAACCGCCGGGACGAAGCUAAUUCUUUCUUUAGCAUUCUAUGCCAACGCUCCACCUCCUUAUACCGUCACUCCUGUGGCUCUCAGAGCUCCAGAGCUGAUAUUCAACGAGACUCCAUUUGGUUCUGCAAUCGAUAUCUGGGCCUUCGGAUGCUUAGUCUACGAAUUCGUCACAGGGACGCGGCUGUUCGCUGUCGAUUUGAUUGGGGAUGAUGAGCAAGAUGAUGCAGAUGAUGAUCAUAUCUUGGACUUGACCGAUGUGAUCGGACCGCUACCGGAGCGCUUCAUGUCAAAGUGGACACGGCGUGACAGGUGGAUCGGUCCCGGAGGCGAGCGGCUCCAGCCUCGCGAGGACGUCAGCAUGGACGCUUAUUCCGACGGCGAUGACGAGCUUGAGGACCCAGAAGACCUUGAAGAGCCUGGACAAGUCGAAGCGCCUGGGGACUCCGUAGAGUUUGACGACGAUGAACCCAUGGCGGAUCAGGAUGAUAUGCCCGAGGAACCUUUCAUCAACGAGUCUUUAGAAGCGCAAUUCGAUCGCAACAAACCGGAUGACAUUGAUGAAGAGGAAGGCAGAGUGAUUACGGAUCUGAUCAGAGAGAUUCUCCAGUGUGAACCUGACAAACGACCGACGGCUGAGCAUUUACUGCGCCAUCAUUGGUUCAACAGCUAA